GCUGCAGCCGCGCGCCCCGGCGCCGCGCCCGGCCGGGAGCCGCCUGUGGAUCGCCGCGCUCGCCCGGGCCACGGCGCCGCCCUGCUCGCCUGCCCGGCUACCUCGGGGCAGACGGACUGACGGCCCUCACCGCCGGCUCCAGGAUGAGCGCACGGACGGUAGUAUUCUGAAGUCUCAGGAAGCUGGCGCGGUUAAAUGUUCGUGGCCCAUGAGUAAGGCACAUAGGAGACCAUGGCGCUCCCUUUUCAAAAAGAGCUGGAGAAAUACAAGAACAUUGAUGAAGAUGAGCUUCUUGGCAAACUCUCAGAAGAGGAACUGAAGCAGUUGGAAAAUGUUCUUGAUGACCUGGAUCCUGAGAGCGCACUGCUGCCUGCUGGAUUCCGACAGAAAGACCAGACACAGAAAGCAGCCACUGGCCCGUUUGACCGCGAGCAUCUCCUCAUGUACCUGGAAAAGGAGGCUUUAGAACAGAAAGACAGGGAAGACUUUGUGCCCUUCACUGGAGAAAAGAAAGGGAGAGUCUUUAUCCCCAAAGAAAAGCCUAUAGAAACUCGCAAAGAAGAAAAAGUGACCCUCGACCCAGAACUGGAAGAAGCUUUGGCCAGCGCCUCUGACACUGAACUCUACGAUCUUGCAGCUGUUCUUGGAGUACACAAUUUGCUCAACAAUCCCAAGUUUGAUGAGGAAACAGGCAGCACGAAAGGUGGCAAAGGGCCUGUGAGAAAUGUGGUCAAAGGUGAAAAGGUCAAGCCGGUAUUUGAAGAACCACCCAAUCCCACAAAUGUGGAAAUAAGUCUGCAGCAGAUGAAAGCCAAUGAUCCCAGCCUGCAAGAGGUCAACCUCAACAAUAUCAAGAACAUUCCAAUUCCAACCUUGAAGGAAUUUGCAAAGGCUCUAGAGACCAAUACUCAUGUGAAAAAGUUCAGCCUGGCUGCAACCCGUAGCAAUGACCCUGUGGCAAUUGCUUUUGCAGAUAUGCUAAAAGUAAAUAAGACCUUGAAAAGUCUAAACAUAGAAUCCAAUUUUAUCACUGGUACUGGGAUCCUGGCCCUUGUAGAGGCGCUAAAAGAAAAUGACACCUUGACAGAGAUCAAGAUCGACAACCAGAGACAGCAGUUGGGAACAGCCGUAGAGAUGGAAAUAGCCCAGAUGCUCGAGGAGAAUUCGAGGAUCCUCAAGUUUGGAUAUCAGUUUACCAAGCAAGGACCACGAACAAGAGUGGCAGCUGCCAUCACAAAGAAUAAUGACCUGGGUAAUGCAGCCAUAUUCGUAAAAAGCGAGUUGAAGGAGACCGAAGGUAAACUUCCACAGGAAGAGGCGAAGUUUCACCACGGCAGCAAUUUAAAAACAAAAGCUCUACUCCUUCUCCACUGGGACCAUUUUAUCAAAGGUUGUUCAUUUCCGUUAACUACACAACUAAUAAUUUAAUUGUUAUAUUCUUUUUUAGCACUACAUAUUUGUCUUGGACUUUUUAACAUAUUUGAUUGUUUUAUUUGCUCAUGGGCAUCUCUGGCGACUUGCACCAAUGGACUUAUGCAGAUCUUAGUGGGUAACAACAAUUGAAAAUGGUUUAACGACUUUCAUA